AACCACCUCCCCAAACCCCACCACCAAACACUCCCAUCUCAACCACCGCCAGAAUGCCUAAAUCCAAGCGCGCCAAGGUGGUUCACCUGACCCAGGUCGAUAAGAAGGGCAAGGAGCUCACGCUCAAGCUCUUCGCCAAUGUCCAGGAGAGCAUCGACAAGUACAAGUAUAUCUUCGUCUUCAGCGUCGACAACAUGCGCAACACCUACCUGAAGAAAGUGCGCGCCGACCUCAGCGAUUCUCGCCUCUUCUUCGGCAAGACAAAGGUCAUGGCCAAAGCCCUGGGCUCCACCCCCGAAACCGCCUACCAGACCAACACGCACCUCCUCGCGCCCUACCUCGCCGGCAACGUCGGGCUCCUCUUCACCGACCGCAGCCCCGAGGACGUCAGCGCCCACUUCGCCGCCAACACGCCUACUGAUUUCGCGCGCGCGGGCACCCGCGCCACCCGCCGCUUCGCAAUCCCAAAGGGGAUCGUGUACUCCCUCGGUGGGGAGGUGGCGGCCGAGAGCGAUGUGCCGAUGGCGCAUGGGCUGGAGCCGGAGCUGAGGAGGUUGAAUGUGCCGACGAGCUUGAGUAAGGGGAAGAUCACCCUGCAGAAUGAGUAUGAGGUGUGUCGCGAGGGGCAGGUGUUGGAUAGUAGGCAGACGAGGUUGUUGAAGCUGUUUGGGGUUGCGACAGCGGAGUUUAGGGUGCGUGUUGUGGCGUAUUGGAGUGCGGAGAGUGGGACGGUGGAGGAGGUGGAUGGGGAGGCGCCGGAGGAGAUGGAGGAGUAGGGGACGGGCUUGAUGGGUUGAGAUGUGAAUGGCUGGGCUGGCAUGGGGUGGGAUUGCUGUAGCUAUAGAGACCUACAGACUCGGCGUUACGGGAGUUGUGAUGAGGAAAAGUAAUGAAAUGACUUCAAUACUGGCUUUGAGGUGUAUGUUUUAGUGAGUAGAUUAUCUAUGAAUUGAUGAGUAGCACACAUAGGGCAAUAUUAAAUAAAUAUUGGGGGCACGAUUUGAC